AUGAUGGAAGAGCCCUGGAUCCGGUCGAUGCAGCGCCUCUUCUACCCCAUCAUAUCUGUGUUUGGACUCCCAGUCAGCCUUGUCACCAUCGCCGUCUUAUGGAGAGGCAACCUGGACAUGUCUAAAUCCAUCAUUUAUUACCUGAUUUCUCUGGCCGUGGCCAAUUUCCUUCUCAUUCUGGUGGUGACGGUUUUUCGGGACAUUUACUACUUUUAUGUGGACAUUACAUUAUGGUGGCCAGAGCCAUCCUGUGGCGUAAGUAACUGGAUUUACUUUACCUGUGUUUAUUCCCUCACAUGGCUUACAGUUGCAUUUACCUUUGAUCGCUACGUUAUUUUGUGUUGCAUGAAGCUAAAGCUCAGAUACUGCAAACCCACUGUAAGCCGCUGGGUCAUUAUUGGUGUCUACGUCUGUGCUUUCCUUGUGGCCAUGCCAACCUUCUGGAUGUAUGUACCUGUCCGCACUAUCCAGCCAGAUGGUACCUAUUUUCACAUCUGCAGUCUUCACCGCAAUCUUAGCAUGAUUCCAUUUUUGUCCGCCUAUGAUCAUAUUCAGACGACUGUCUGGAUAGCAUUUCCCCUCCUAUCACUGGUGCUGACCAAUGGGCUGACAGUCUGGCACAUCACAAUCACAACAAAGUUACGGAAAGGACUCAAGUCUGGAAAGGAAGUUGAUGACCCUGAAUUGGCACGAAGGAAGAAGUCUGUGACUCUCUUAGCCAUGAUUACCAUAUCAUUCUUGGUUCACUGGCUACCGAAGAUGUUUAUCAAGGUGAUUGAAAGGUUUACCUAUCCACCCGUCAACCGCUAUGACUUUUAUCACCCAGUAAAUGUGGUGAGGAUGUUGUCUAACAUGCUCAUUGUCCUGAGCUCCUUCACAAACAUAUGCUUCUAUUCUUUCACUAUCACCAAGUUUAGGGAAGAGCUAAUCCGGGGAACAAAGUCUACUCUAGCCUUUGUCUACAAAUCAGUGCCGUUAUCUGUUCCUCCUUCAAAACCAGUUCAGGUUUUCACUAUAGAAACCCACAAAAAUCAAUAA